UUCAUUGUCAGCUUCCUGGAGCCAUUUUUCAGCCGCGGCGGUGGCAGGGAGGUCGGAGCCGGGGCCCUAUCACACAUAGCCGUACAAUCCGCUUCCAUCUGCCCCUCCCGGUGCUCGAUAACCCUCGGACGAGCUCACCCCAUGCACCGAGGGGACCUGCUCUAACCACAGCCCCGACUAUUUCCAGGGUACACGCCGGGCCCAACUGAUUACGGGGGUCAGAAGGAAGCGAGCGAGUGUACCCGGGAAAAGAGCGGCGCGCAGGGAGGAGGCUGCUCCGUACGAUGAGGAAAGGAAGCCACCCCGGGCACGACAAGCUGCUGCUCCCCGGUCUCCAGGGCUCGGACAAGAGCUCCACUUUCUCGGGGGGGUUUGUGGCCGGGGGCGGCACAGCCAGUGUGCUCGGUGCAGGAGGCGGCGGCGGAUACCUGCACAUCCUGUCUUCCCCCGGCCCGGUCCACCAUCCUCAGCACGGACUAUGUGCUCCCGAGCAGCAGCACCAGGCGGCGGCCAGCUUCAUCUACUCCACCCCGCACGGACCCGCAGCUAGAGCCGGCCUACUGCAGCCUUCAGUGGGGCGCCCUCCGGCCAAGCGACGAUUAGAACUUGGAGAUGGAGGUCAUCAUUAUCUCGCUGAAGGAUUAAAAACGCCAAAAGGCAAAGGAAGGGCCUCUGUUCUCUGCCCAGAUAGUCCAAAAACUCCAAAAUCUCCAUUAGAAAAAACCCGUUAUGACACCUCCCUUGGCCUUUUAACUAAAAAGUUCAUUCAGCUUCUUAGUCAAUCCUCUGAUGGUGUUGUGGACUUGAAUAGAGCUGCUGAAGUCCUCAAGGUGCAAAAAAGAAGAAUCUAUGAUAUUACAAAUGUAUUGGAAGGGAUUCAUCUCAUAAAAAAGAAAUCUAAAAACAACAUUCAGUGGAUGGGCUGCACACUUCCUGAUGAUGGCUAUAAUAUGGCUCGAUGCCAAGGGCUUUCCAAAGAACUCUCGGAGCUCAGUCAAGAAGAGAAGAAACUGGAUGACUUGAUACAAAGUUGUACCUUAGAUCUGAAACUUUUAACUGAAGAUUCAGAGAACCAAAGGUUGGCUUAUGUAACCUAUCAAGAUAUCCGAAAAAUUAGUGGCCUUAAGGAUCAAACUGUUAUUGUUGUGAGAGCUCCUCCUGAAACUAGACUUGAAGUGCCUGACCCAGUUGAGAGUUUACAGAUACACUUAUCUAGCACUCAAGGAGCUAUUGAAGUUUACUUAUGCCCUGAAGAAAGUGAAUCCAGUAGUCCAGUUAAGCAAAGUAAUCCCGAUCAGAAUGGGAACCUUCCAAAGCCGAAUUCCAAAGAGUUUCUGUCGCCCAACAUAGAAAAUGUAAACUGUAAAGUGGAACCCAUUUCUCCCUUAACAUCUCCAACCAACCUGCUACAGCAAACGGAGGAUCAAAUACCUUUGAACCUUGACAGUCCUUUUGUGAACUUGCUUCCCCCUCUCAUUCAUGAGGACUAUUUGCUAAGUCUUGGCGAAGAGGAGGGCAUCAGUGAUCUCUUUGAUGCCUAUGAAUUGGAGAAAUUGCCAUCACUUGACGACUUCAUGUGCAGCUGAUCCAUUUUUGCAAUCUGGCCACUAUGGAUUGUCUAAUACGGAAUGCAGUUGGAAUCUGAGUUGGCAUCCUCUACUUGACACCCUAUUUGCCUCUCCCUUUAAAAGGCAUGUUUUAAUUGGUGCAGCAAUAGCUGUAAAAAGUGCAGUUAUUUGAUGAAAUAUACUUGAGGCUAUGCAAACUUACACGACUACGAUGAUGCUCCGGGGUUGCUGAAGGCACAAAUCAAUAACUUGAAUCAAUUUAGCUUUCUAAGUCUUAUCUCAGUACUUGGUCUGGUGAAGUCAGUCUGUGCCUUCCUGUACUUUGCGUUCUCCCCAGCCUAUGUGGAGAAACUCCACAAUAAAUAUGAACUUUUUUAUUUUUACUUUUGCUUAUGCUGUGCACAUUUUUUUUUCAUUUAACUUUUAGGCCACCUCUUAAUCUAUAAGUACAAGAGCCCAAAGAAAAAACCUUGCAUGUUACAUGUACAAAAUACCUUUGUAUGUGGAGGGGUGCACAUGGUGGUGUACCCCUUCAUGGUGCCCUGGCUCCACAAUAUCUUGCAGUGCUUACUCUGAACUGGGGUUUAAAGUGCCUAUUCAAUGCAUUAUGUACUAGGAGGGGAAGUUUCUAAUUUAUCUAUUCUAAUACACUGUUUUCCACGUUUGUGUUAAUUCUGAUGUACAUUACAAUAUGUAUAUUGUAAUACGGUGUGACCAAUCUUCCCAUAUAAUCAUGGGCAAAUUAAGUUGUUUACACAAGGAAUUCCCAAGGGGAGUUCGUCAUGACCCGCUCUAGUUAUUUUUCAUUUUUGUGUGUAAAGCAAGCCUGUUUCAGAAUUACUGAAUUAUGUCUUGCAAUAAAUAUGCUUUAAUCAAAUCAUGUGACCUAAAAUAUGCAGCUUUGAAAAGGUAUAAUGGUGCAUUCACUUGUCAGUUUUGUGCCUGCCUCUUCUGUUGGUUAUCAAAUUGUAUACUUUAUUAUUUUUUUUUUAUUAUUUGUGUAUUAUGUAUCAGUGACGGGUUUUAAGGGUAUAUUUGCACAUGGCAAGUCUACUUCAGAUUUUCUGCAUUGGAAAAAUUGACAGCACAUGUGGCCAAAAUCUUCCAGAAAUAUCUUCGGUUUUAUUGCAGAAAUGCUACUCAUUUGCCACAAAUUUCAAGCUCUGCAAUGCAAAUUGAUAUGCAGGUUUAAAAUCAGUGUGUCACAUUAUGUGCGCCACACUUUCCGCAGAAUUAUGGAUGAGAUUUUUGAAAAACCUCAUCCACUUUGCUACUACUGUACAAUGCCGCACGUUCGCUGCAAAUAAAUCCGCAGAAGCAAAUCUGCUAUAUUUAUGCCAUGUGAGACAUACCCUAUAGAUUGUGUUCCUAUGCAUUGAUCACACAGUUUUCCCAAUGGUUGUUCAAUGAUUCCUAAAACUAGACCUAGGAUGAACGUAUUACUGCUGGCUGCAAACUUUGUUUCUGCAGGGGAAAUAUUUUAUUGUCUGACCUUUCUAUACAUAGGCUGCCAAGAGUGAGCUGGGGCGGGGGGUCCAAAGUUAACCAUUCUCCUCAAUGUCGUAUGCCUUGAAGGGAGUAUAUGGAAGGAGGCGGACUAGGUUUGAUGUGCACUGAAUCAUCUUGACUCCACCUGUUUGUCCCCUCAGAGCAUAAAUAGUUGAGGUAAACCGUACACCCUUAAGACCCUAUUAGAAGGCAUGAUAUUUGGGCAGGACGAGCGCAGAUGGAUGAUGAACACUGACCUACUACAGUCUAUUGCAAAGUGAAUAUGGAGAUGAAUGAUUACUACCGCAAGUCGUUCCUCCCUCAUUUGGUUCUAUUAUCGAGAGCAUAAUGGCUGAUUACACCGGGCAAUGUGCUGCUGAUUGCGCAUCUUUCAUCCUGGUGAUCGGCUACUCGAUUAUAUGGAGCAAGCAUUCCUAUGAACGUUUGUUUCUGCUAAUUAGCCCAAAUAUCAUUCUAACAGGACCUGUAGAUUGCUGAUGGCCUCCCUCCGAGCGCUCUGUGAGGAAAGGUGAAUAAGCUGCUUGUCUCCAGUUAAAACAAAGGAUUGGGCAUGCUAAAUCCCAAUACGCCUGAUCUUUAUCUGUUGGGUGAGUCGCUACAGCCCCACAUACAUUGAGUAGCUAGCUGGUACUUUCAGAUGCAGCAGAUGUCUUAAGCCUGGGAUGGCCAACCUGUGGCUCUGCAGCUGUUGUAGAACUAAAUUCCCUCCAUGCCCUGCUGAUGGCUGUAGGCAGUCUGGGAGUUGUAGUGUUGUAACAGCUGGAGAGCCGCAGGUUGGCCAUACCGGUUUUAAGUUGUAUGAGCACCUUUUUCUUUUUAGAGGCAGAGUGAAUGCACCAUUGUUCAGAUCUAUCUCGCAAGCUUGCUGGCAUUUUAGCUGCUAUCCAGGUUUUACAAAUCCUCAGAAAAUGAAAGCAUUUGGGAACAUAUAUGAACUAGUACAAUGUGAACAGUGUUACUCGCAUGUGUGUGGUACUGUGUGUGUGUACACCAUUUUUUAGAAUUUCUUUACAAGUCUAUCUAUAGACAGGAGACCUGAGAACAUGCUAUUAGGAAGACUUAAGAUAUUUUUGUAUUUUAUUUGGGUCCUUAAAUUAAGAUUAUUUAACAUUUAUAGUCAUUGUGGAGCAAGAACUUUUUUUAUUUUAUUUGUGGGGUGUUUGUGGGUUUGUUCGUCUUUCUGCAUGGAUAGGAACAAUUCACUAAAGUACAUUUUAAUGGAGAAACUUGAUUGAACUUUGUGGUUUUAGAUUAAUUGUAAAAUAAUGUAAAAAAAAAAGUUUUAAUGCUAUUUGUAUAUAGAUCAUUUACAGGAUG